UUCACUUUCGCAUCCCGGACAGCAAUUGAUCUUCAACAUCGACUCGGAUACCUCCACACACCCACGCGCAAGCCGACACACCCACGCGCAAGCCGACACACCCACGCGCAAGCCGACACACCCACGCGCAAGUCGACACACCCACCCACAAUGCCGCUCGAUACAUCAACCUACUCCCUCGCCCUCCUGCGCCUCGACGGCCGGCGGUGGAACGAACUACGCCGGAUCCACGCUCAAAUAUCGACCCAAGCCGCUGCAGACGGGUCCUCGUACCUGGAAAUGGGCAACACGAAAAUCCUCUGCAGCGUAACCGGGCCCCACGAAGGCCGCUCAGGCGGCGUGCGCGGCGGCUCUGGCGGGGUCGCGAAACUCGAGGUUGAAAUCAACAGCGCAGCGUUCAGCGGCACAGACAGGCGGCGGAACGCGCGCGGCGACAAGAGGACGAGCGAAAUGGAACACUGCCUGCGAGAGGCUUUUGGCGGUGUGAUCGUAGCGCAUCUGUACCCACACUCCACAAUCACCAUCAACCUGAACAUCAUAAGCCAAGACGGCUCCCUCCUCGCAGCCUCGAUAAACGCUGCCACCCUCGCGCUCAUCGACGCCGGCAUCCCCAUGACAGACUACCUGGUUGCCUGCACCGCUGCAUCUUCCGCAUCCACAUCUGCCGCCGACAAUGCGUCAGCGGAUGACCCGCUGCUGGAUUUGAAUACGCUGGAAGAGCAGGAGCUGCCGUUCCUGACGGUGGGGUGUCUGGGCGAGAGCGAUAAGGUCGCGGUGUGUGUUAUGGAGACUAGGGUUAGGAUGGAGAGGUUGGAGGGCAUGCUUGCGGUGGGGAUCGAGGGCUGUAAGAGGAUGAGGGGGAUCCUGGAUGAGGUCGUUAAGGGGUAUGGGAAGAGGUUUGGGUGAAGAAACUCAAUGG